AUGAGAGUACUAGUAUUAGGCGCUUCGACGCAAAAAGUUAAAGUUGCUGACAAACUUAUCAAAACUCACGAUCUUUCCAAGAUUCUUCUUUCAGUUGGAUCCAAGAAACUGGUCACAAACGCCCAAGCACUUAUUAUCUAUUACGAAAGUCAAGAUGAUCUGAAGAAAAUGAGAAAACUACUAAAAAUUUAUUUAGGCGUUCCGAUAAAGUUUUAUAUUGGCAAUGAAAACCCUGAAAACUUUGAAAACUAUUUCAACUAUGAGCAAGUUACAGAACUUCUUGCAGCUCUGCAGGAAUAACACAAAAAGAUUGAGGAGAGUGCUGAGAAAAUAUACAAUUCUCUUCUUGAUGGCAAAACUGAUUUGACUGUUGAAGAUAUGCUAUAAGGUUUAGAAGAAAAUGAGAGAGAUGUCAUUGAGGAAAUAUGUGUGGAGUACUUUGCAGAAAGAAAGCAAGAUAGAGACCCUAAGAAGGUCAUUGUUAAGAAAAAGAAGUUCUUGCAAUGGUGGUCAGAGGGCAAAAUUGACAAAUACGAGCAAAUCAAAUUUUACAUUAUUGACUGGGUUAUUUAAUAGCUACAAAAAUAAGGGGUAGAUGAGCUCCAUCAGAAAAACUAUAAUAGUUAUGUUCUUAAAAAGAAGGAGAUCAGAAUCCUUAGAGAACAUUUUGAAAGCAAUUUCGAAUUCAUCAUUUAACCAUCAGCUAUAAAAGAAGAAUCAAAGGAUGGUAAAUAGCCGCAACUAGCUUCGCAAUUGUUCAAAGCACCAGCAGGAGGUGCCGUUGGUGGUGGAAAGAAUAUGUUCCUAGGGAAAGGCCUAGGCCUUCCUGCUGGUUAAUAGCCUUAACCCUCUCCUAAAGAGCAGAAGAAAAUGAACUUUGAGGAAGCCAAAGGUAAAGCAAAAGCAAAGGGAGAGACAAGAUAGCCUGUACAAAAGAUAGGAACUUUGAUAGAUUUCAAGGUGACAUUUUUCCCUUCAGAAAGUGAUGAAAAGAUACUUUAUUUGAAGAAUCUUCACAUGUUUGAGGAAGAUAGUUGGGUAUCUAUUGGUCUUAAGCCUAAGGCUAAGGAUCUUAAAUCAGUUAUAGAAGAUAUCGAAGAAAUGGAAUAUAUCAAAUCCCUAGAGGAGGAUUACUGUCCAUCCAUUGUGGUUGAUGGAAAGAAAGUCAGAAUCGGUCUCGAGAGCGAUAAACUAGACCCUUUCUAUGAUACUUACUGCGAGGAAGGAGAACAGCUUGAAAGAAUUUCAUAAGUACUUGAUGAUAAAAGUAUCGAAGCCGUUUUAGAAUUUUAACUCUAACUGACUUAAAAGUUAGAUGCUAUUCUCCACAGUGAAGAUCCUAUCAUAACUGAGAUUUGUAAAGGGCUUAAAAUUGAGGGAUCCCUCAAAUUCCAUAACAAGUAAUUUAGAAAAGUUUUGGAGGAGUCAACAGAAAUAAAGUGGAAGGAUUUCAGUGAAAAAGGAGAGGAAGAAAAGAAAGAUGACUAGCCAAAAGAUUCAUAAGCAGAGUCAGAGCAGGAGAGUGAAAGCCAUGAAGAUAAGGACAGUGAUGACAAUGAUAGUGAUAGUGAUGGCUAUGGAGAAGAGGAAUCAGAAGAGGGUUAUGGAAAUGAUAGUGACAAUAAUGAUGAAGAUGGUGAUGAUGAGGAUGAUGAAGAGUCUAAAAGCAAAUUCGACUUGAAGUCAUUUUUCAAAUAUACUCUACCUCUCUUUAUGUUCAAGUGGAAGAGCAAGGUUGAGAUUAAUCCUGACAUCAAUGACAUUAAGGCUUACUGCUUGAAAAAUUAAGAAGAAUCAUAUCUCCUCGGCAAUUUUAAAAAAUUGGUAAUGUCUCUCAAUCAAACAGAUCUAGAUGAAGCAGCCAAACAGGCACUUUAACAGAAGAAAAAAGGUACAAGAAGAGAGCUCCUCAAUUAUCUCUCAUAGGAAGUGGGGAGUGAGAUAGAAUUUGCUUGGAGAACUAGUUGUUUCUUGCUUACUGGCCAGGUCAAGACUGAUGAAAUGGGCAAAGUUAUCAAAACCCUAUCAAAUUCAAAGUUCUUUUGA